AUGACUCACUCUUUGGUUUGUCCAGAGACAGUGAGCAGGGUGAGUUCAGUGCUGAAUCGCAACACCCGGCAGUUUGGAAAGAAGCAUCUGUUCGACCAGAAUGAGGAGACAUGCUGGAACUCGGACCAGGGCCCCUCCCAGUGGGUGAUACUAGAAUUUCCCCAGCGCAUCCGUGUCUCCCAGCUGCAGAUCCAGUUUCAGGGGGGCUUCUCCAGUCGCCGGGGCCACCUGGAAGGUUCCCAGGGGAGUGAGGCUCUUUGCAAGAUUGUGGACUUCUACCCUGAGGACAACAACUCCCUUCAGACCUUCCCUGUGCCCGCUGCCGAGGUGGACCAGCUGAAGAUGACACUUGAGGACGCCACUGACUUUUUUGGCCGAGUAGUCAUCUACCACCUGCGAGUGCUAGGGGAGAGGGUGUGAGGCCACUGGGUAGCUGACUCCUCCAGGAGACCCUUGGGGAAGCACAGUGAAGUCCUUCAAGUUAUGCACACACAAGGUUUAUUGGUUCCUCUUGGGAAGGAUCCCCUCCCACUGUCUGUCCAGGAGCUGCCUUUGAAGCUAGUUCUAGGUCAACUGUUUUGUUCCCUGAGUAUCUGAGUCCCAGCAGGCAGUCUUCACUCAGGAUCUGCGGGCACCAGGUUGCUCUGGAAGAGUUUGAGGAUGUGGUUCUCGAUCACCUGUUGCACUGGAAACAGGACAGGGGAAAGGUGGGCCAUGAAUCCAAUGGAGGCUGCAGGGGCAACGGCCAAAUUGUACACUUUCCUGGGGGAUGAGCUGGGGUAUCCCACCAUGAGAACUGCACCCUGCCUCUAGGGGGCAGAGAGGGAUCUCCAAGCCCUGGGACAUGGAUGGAGGACCUACAUCAUACAUGGGGAAAUCCACACUCUCCCCAGAGUACAGCUGGGAAGACUGAGGCACCCAAGCCAGGAAACUCAACUUCCCCAUGGUUUGUAAAAAUGUACUUUUGGAGGCUUUUUAGAGUCAUAAAAACAAUCUUUAUCAAACAAAA